AUGGAUGUAAAAAAUGCACUGAGCUUGUACCGAGAUAAAGGAGCCUCAUUUGACACCGAUUUCCAUGGCCGAUGGCUCCGGGAGAAUUGGUGGGUAUCCCUGCUCAUCUCAGCUGUCUAUCUCAUCCUCGUCUUUGGAGGUCAACGAUGGAUGGAGAACCGUCCUGCCUACGACCUACGUCGCCCUUUGAUGAUGUGGUCAGCAGCAUUCGCCCUUUUCAGCUUCCUGGGGUUGGUGAAUACAGCGCCAGAUCUGUUGCGACGGUUGUUCGUUGAGAAUGGUUGGCACGAUGUGAUCUGCAAAGCCAAUUUCUACAAUGGGAGAAUAGGAAUGUGGGCAUGGUUGUUUCCGAUGAGCAAAGUCAUUGAAUUGGGGGAUACGUUCUUCAUCGUGGCUCGUAAGCGUAAGCUGAUCUUCAUCCAUUGGUAUCACCACGUUUUCACCCUCAUCUACUCCUGGUACUCCCAUCGUGAUUAUAUCUCCACUGGACGAUUCUUUGCAACCCUCAACUUUGGUGUCCACGCCGCUAUGUAUGCCUACUACGCCGUGAGCGCCGCUAAAGUCACAAAAAUACCGCAGCAAGUGAAGGUCGGGAUCACCGUUAUUCAGCUGUCACAGUUUUUUAUAUCAAUUGCUGUGACGGUACAUACCAUUAUACAGCUUGUCCGAGGGAAUGAGUGUGAUACCCAUGGAGUAAAUAUAGCUUGGUCUGUCGUACUCUACCUUAGCUUUCUUUACUUCUUUUUGAAGUUCUUUUAUGAGGCUUACAUCAAGCCAAGUAAGGUGAAGAAACUAAAGGUUUAG